AUGGGGACCGAAAAAAUCCCACCGCGCGCUGGCUGCUCACUCCCCGUCCGCCGUGCUUGGUGGAUGGGCCAAAACACCCUGCUGAACCGGGAACGAACGGACACGGGCGUUAGCAAGUCUCGAGCAAAUCUACGCGUCUCCGAAUAUGAAUGUGUUCUAGAAGGGGCGGUGGAACGGUGCUGUGGUAUGCACCAUUUGGUGGUUUUAGCCAGUAGUUUGUAUAAGUACUAUCAGGUGUGCAUUCUCCAAAGCUGUUCGAAUCCGGUUUGUGACCCGUACCGGAACACGGUCCGUCGUGCGGCUCGAGUGUGCCCGUUUUCCCGUUACCCGUUUGCCGUCCGCGAGUGUGAGAUUUGUUGUGAAAGAUUGGAUGGGAAAGGCCGCAGCAAAAUUUUGGCUAAUCAUCAGCAGCAGCAAACCUCUAGCACCGAUGAUCCCCCGUCGGGAAUUUGGACCAGAAUUGAAACCCAAGUGAAACCCCUGUGUGAUAAGGCAAUGGAAAUUUUGGUAAAGGAGGUAAAAUGUCCGGUGACAGUGUGUGGUGAUGUGCACGGUCAGUUCCACGACCUGAUGGAGCCCUUCCGGGUAGGCGGACGAUCGCCUCACACUAAUUAUCUGUUCAUGGGCGAUUACGUUGGUCGUGUAUAUUACUCCAUCGAAACAGUGAUGCUACUGGUGGCGCUGAGAGAAUCACAAUCCUGCGGGGAAAUCCGUUCCGCCAGACCACAGGUAUACGGCUUUUACGAUGAGUGCUUACGGAAGUGCGGCAACCCGAACGUUUGGAAGUAUUUUACCGACCUGUUUGACUAUCUCCAGCUGAUGGCCCUAGUCAACGAUCAAAUCUUCUGGUUGCAUGGCGGUCUCAGUCCCUCGAACGACACGCUGGGCCACAUCCGGCCGUUGAAGAGAUUGCAGAAAGUACCACACGAGGGACCCACGUGUGAUAUCCUCUGGUCCGAUCCGGAUAACCAGGGCUGCCACCGGAUAAAAUAACCGGUUCCGCCACGAGGUGCUGGUUACACCUAUGACCAGGACAUUUCGGAACUCAAACGGUUGGUCUCUCGGGCACAUCAGCUUGUCAUGGAAGGCCACAACUGGUGCCACGAUUGUAAUGAGGUUUCAUUCACAAUAUUAAUAAUAAUUAGGGUAAACGUAUCAAAAGUGUUGCUAUUAGUAGCUCCUUGUAUUAAAAUAAUUGAAUGAAAUUGACAAUACCACAAAAUAAAAAGUCUGAAUAAGUUUAA